AAAACAACAAGGGAGGCAGCGGGCAAAGGUUCUUAUGAAGGUCUUCCUCCAGAACCUCUCACAUUAUACCGGGGUCUGUCAGACAUGUGAGGAUGGUGACUUUGAGGAAACAAUACGAGGUGUCCAGACCCGUGUACUCUGAGGACAGCUUCAGAGAAGAGCAUCAAAAAGUCUACAGGCUGCGGAAAACCACCUGGGAUCAUUUUAAAGCUUAUCUGUCAUGUGACUCAAAACGAGCCAAGAAUGCAGUACUGUCUCUCCUGCCCAUCAUUGGCUGGAUGAGGAUCUACAGAGUGAGAGAGUGGCUGCUGGGAGAUGUGGUCUCUGGGAUCAGCACUGGAAUGGUGGCCAUCAUGCAAGGUCUGGCCUUCUCUCUGCUGGCUUCACUGCCUCCCAGCUACGGCCUCUUCACAGCUUUCUUCCCCAUGCUAACAUACUUCUUCCUCGGUACUUCGAGGCAUAUUUCUGUAGGCUCCUUCCCAGUCCUGAGCCUGAUGGUGGGAGCGGUGGUGACCCGCCUCGUCCCAGAGGUCGGACCACCUGCCAACAUCACUGGCUUUGAGGGCCUGACCCAGGACCAGCAGAGGGUCCUGGUGGCCUCCUCGGUGACCUUUCUCAUGGGGAUUUUCCAGCUUGCCAUGGGUGUCCUGCAGGUGGGCUUCAUCGUCAGGUACCUGUCCGACACGCUGGUGUCCGGCUUCACCACAGCCGCUGCCGUCCACAUCCUGGUGUCCCAGCUCAAAUUUGUGUUGGGGUUAACCGUCCCAGGCAUCAACGGUCCACUCUCUCUCAUAUAUACCCUGGAGAAGGUCUUCGUCCAGAUCACCUCCACCAACAUCUGCGACCUGGUGAUGUCAAUCCUGAUCAUGUUGAUGGUGUUCAUCGUGAAGGAGCUGAACGACCUCUACAAAGCCAGGCUGCCAGUUCCCAUUCCCAUAGAGGUCAUCAUGACGGUCAUAGCGUGUGGUGUUUCCUAUGGCUUCAACUUUGAGACGAGAUUCGAUGUUGAAGUUGUUGGCAAAAUGGUUAGUGGGUAUGAGUCUCCCAUUGCGCCCAAUCUGGAGGUGUUUCAGGAGAGCGCAGUGGAAGCUUUUCCCGUCGCCAUCGUGGGCUUUGCUGUCGCCUUCUCUGUGGCCAAAGUGUACUCCAUCAAACAUGACUACACCAUCGAUGGGAACCAGGAGCUCAUUGCAUUCGGGGUUAGCAACAUGUUUGGUGCGAGCUUCAAGUCGUUUGCAGCCAGCACCGCUCUCUCCAGGACGGCUGUGCAGGAAAGCUCAGGAGGCAAAACACAGAUUGCAGGGCUGAUCUCGGCCAUGAUGGCGAUGAUUGUCACCGUGGCGCUCGGCUUCCUGCUGGAGCCUCUUCCCAGGUCGGUCCUGGGUGCCUUGGUCAUCGUCAACCUGAAGGGCAUGCUGAUGCAGUUCAGAGAAAUCCCGUACUUGUGGAGGAGGGACAUACCGGAGUGUGUGGUUUGGAUCGGGACCUGUCUGGGUGCCAUCCUGCUGGGUCUGGAUAUCGGUCUGGCGGUCGGCUUGGGGGUGGAGCUGCUCACUGUCGUCUUCAGGGCUCAAUUCCCUCGCUGCUCCGUCCUGGCUAACAUCCCGGGAACCAACCUGUACAAAGACCGCAAAGAUUACCUGAAUCUAUUCGAACCAAAUGGAGUAAAGAUCUUCCGGAUCCCCUCGCCUAUCUUCUUCGCUAAUAUCGAGUUCUUCAGGGACAAGUUGGUGGAAGCUGUUGGGUUUAACCCUCUGAGGGUGUUGAGAAAGAGGAACAAGGCUCUCAGGAAAAUCACUAAACUGCAGCGGAAACAGGAUGGCGACAUAGCAGAGAAAGGCGUGAGGGAUUUAUCCUGCAUGAAUGUGGAAGAGUCGGAUCGACCCUCGGACCUCGAUGACCUUCCCAUGCGGGUGAACUGGAACGCAGAGCUUCCCGCUAACAUCAGCGUUCCCAGAGUGGACCUCCACAGCCUGAUCCUGGACUUUUCUGCUGUCUCGUUUCUGGACAUUUCCGCCAUGAAGGGACUCAAAACGGCACUGAAGGAAUUUGUCCGUUUGGAUGUGGACGUUUACAUUGUCUCCUGUGAUGCGUACAUCCUGGAGAAACUGCACAGCUGUCUGUUCUUCGACGAGGAGAUUCUGACCUCCAUGUUUUUCCCCACGCUUCAUGACGCCAUGCUGCACGUUCUUGAAAAGCACAAGGACGACAAACCCGGCCGGGUGAUAAAAGACACCAAACUCUAGAAGAACUGUCUCCAGGAACUUCCUUUCCAAAUGACCCCCGAAUAUAGAAGAUAAACUGUAAUAUAAAAUGUGUUUCGCUCAUCACAACAUAAUAAAACUAAUAUUGUGUGAAAUGCU